ACCUAAUUCAGGUUAGCCGACCUAUGAAUCUUGAAUCGAAACCGGUCACUACAGAACAUAAAUGGGUCGAGGGCAUUCAAUGUGGACUUGGUAAGUUCCUAUUGAACUUGUUUACCUUUUAUUAGACGGGUACAGGCAAAUAAACAACAUUAGAUAUGAGAGACACACACUGUAUGAUGUCCAUAACAUACAGAUAACCUAAAACCUACAACUACAAAAUGUUACGAUUUCUGUUCGUAAUAAUCUCCUCAUCUUCUCAGGUAACGUGGCUACUGCUGAUACUGGCGGCAUUUAGGAAAGAGGUCCUGGGUUCUCUGUACACGCACGAUACAAAACAUCUUGAUCAACAUGCGAUGGACUGUGCUUUAAAGAUAAGUGAGAAGUAUUUUGAAACUGGUCGGACACUGGUUGUGUCCCUGCCAGCCAAUAACAUGUCGCAGAAAGAUGAAGAUACCGACAAGAUAACGAACUCCGCCCAGUUAGAUACACAGCCUGAUACUAGCGGCGUCUUGCUAGAACGUCUGCACUUGGAAGUUAGCUGGCCGAUUAUUGUGUAUCGUGCUUUAAGUAAAAUCACGAAGCGCGACCCUCGUGACUGGGACACGAGAAACAGUGACAAGCACAGCAGUUACGUCUUGAUCGCAAGACACAGGGACGAGGUGGCGAGCCAGAUCCAGCAACUGGAGUCCCUCCUGGCCUGGAACUCCAGGGCAAAGUUCGUGCUUGUUGUGGAGGGACAUCAAGCUAAAAACAAUGAUCAAAUGUUAAAGAGCAUUUUGAAGGAAUUUUGGAAGUGGAAUAUCUUUAACUUGGUCGUUCUACUCCCCAUUCUACUCACAAUCAGUUUCACGUCUGUCGGUGUUUACACGUGGUAUCCUUACAGACUGCCGUCUGGCCGAUGUGGCGAAUUACGUCAAGUCGUGCAUCUGGACACCUGGCUGUCCACAGGCAACUCAACAGGCCGCUUCCUGAACGACUCUCCCAUUUUUGAGCAAAAAAUACCCUACCGUCUUAACGGGUGUCCCUUUAGAGUUUCCACGCUUAAAUUUCACCCAUUUAUUAUUUAUGAUAACUCCACGCUUGACGGUUCGGAAAUAAGACUGAUACGAAACUUGGCAGAAAAGAUAAAUGUCACCUUAAACCUCAGCGUUUCAAUGGCACCCGAGCGAAAAGGCCAGCAGCUCUCCAACGGGACGUGGACCGGACUGAGAGGCGAAAUAAUGUACGGUAUAACCGACAUGAUAUUCGGACACGUACUGGCAAACCUAGACGACCAUCUUUUGUUUGAUGACACAAUAGUUUACUCAUCAGAUGGAUUUACAUGGUUUGUUGCGAGGGCAAAUCCGUAUCCCCGAUGGUUAAGUAUGGUGCGGGUGUUCACCCCAACAGUUUGGUUUAUUUUGUUAACUGUCAUACCUGCUGCAGCCUUUGUUAUGAAUUUGCUUUCAUACAGAGGAGGCGAUGGACUGUGGAGUUACGUCAAAAGUUUGGUCAGCUUCUGGGCAGUUCUCCUCGGUGUGGGUACUGAUAUGCCAAACAGAGUCACACUGCGUGUGUUCUUCUUCUCCUGGGUGAUCUACUCACUCGCCGUGAACACUGUGUUCCAGACAUACGUCACCAGUUAUCUCGUAGACCCAGGACUGCAACACCAGAUCGACAAUGCCGACGAACUUUAUGAGUCCAAUUCAGUGUACGCUUUCCCUGACACAAUAGACAAAUUUUUCACCAGUAGUUUUUUAGACAAACUGAAACCAAGAUUUACAUCUGACCCUGUAAUAUGCCUCGAUUACGUAUCCAGCAAAGACAACUUCGUAACUGUCGCAGGGAGAAAACUUGUGGAGUUUUUUUCCGAAGAUCUAGUAAAACGCGGUUCCAAGCACGAAAUAUUCCCUUUCCGGGAGGAUCUGUUUCAGCUGAGUACCGUGAUGCUUCUCUCAAAAGGAAGUCCACUUCUAGAGUCUGUUAACAUGGCUCUGACCAGCACAUUUGAAGCUGGAUUGGUUAACAAAUGGUUUAAGGAAAUCGUAAUUGAAAAACGAAUUAAAGCUGGGGUUAGAGAAAUACCAGUUUUCAUAGACGAGUAUGUUCCCCUCUCACUGUCUCAUCUGCAGGCUUCUUUCCUAUUACUUUUCCUUGGUCUUGGUCUAAGUUUAAUAACUCUGUUGUUGGAGAAGAGUCUACAGAGAAAGUAAUGUACUAGUAGUACAUUUUGAAUCUAGCCUAUGUGAUGGCAAAAUGCUGUGCUAUGGACAAAAAUCUUGUAUUCAUCUUGUCACACAUACAGCUCUACCUUCAUGUCUCCUAACAUUUUAUGGCUAAAGAUAUCAUUAAUAAUAAUAAUAUUAUUAUUAUUAAUAAUAAUAAUAAUAAUAACAACAUCCCGGGCGAACACGACAUCAGGGAACUGCAGAAGACCGCCAUUUUGGUAUCUUCAUACAUCGUUCAAAAGACACUGAUGUAAAAUAUAUUGUCAUCCCUCACAACAUGUAACACAUUAAAAACAAACUGUAUUUCAGAAAUAGCUGCUGCACUAUGUACCUCAGGGGCAAGGUUUGUCUCAGUUACAUAGAAGUAAAUAUCCUGUAAAACGGUGAAUAGAUGGAAUAAUAAUAACACUUAUUCCAUUAUUAAAAAACUUGACUAAGAGCCUGUUUUGUGUAAAAAAAAUUAUACUAGAAUUUUCCUCAAAAUUGAUGUAGCUGACUGCCUCAGAAGAUUUCAUAACUCUAGAAUUUUCAUCCAAGUUUAGAAACUGAAGAUAUUUUCUGUGUAGGUUUGCAGUUGGUUCCUUUUAAUCUUUUUAUUUUCAAGUUUCUUAACAUUUGUAGACUGGUAUCAUUAUGAUACUCUGAUAGGCCGUUAUUUUUUUGUUCAGUAUACUUUUAAGUCUCUCAAAGCAUUUAUUUUGUACAACUAAUAUGGGAGCCAACUUUUCAAAAUUGAAGGGGGUAUUCAAAUUUGCAUUACAAAUUUUCCCACAUAUUUCUUUUUUUGAAAAACUUUUUCUAAUAAUUUAAAUUCCACUGGGAUAACUUUUUAAAUAGAUUCUUCACGUGAAAAUUAUUUUAAACAUUGGACAUUGGCAGUGGCAUCUUAAGAAUAAGAAUAAAUCUAGUAAAGUGUCAAAUGAAACAUUUGAGAAAAUGUUGGAAGAACUUUAUACAUUAGGCACUGGCUGUGGAAACUUAUGAACUUGAACAUGUCAAUAACUUUAUUAAAUGUAAAUUACUGUUAUGAAUAAACACAAGAUAAUAACUUA